AUGUUGGAGCUUUCCACGUCGGCCGGCGGGCGGAAAUCGAGGGGGGAGUUGGGGAUCGAAGUGCCGGGGAGGAAUUUCGGGGAAGAGCCGUCGUCGUCGGCGGUGACGGAGUCUCAGGCGAGUCAGGGGUUCAGGUCGCCGAUGAGCCGGAUGCUUUCGUUUAAUUGUACCAAUACUAUAAAGCACACUAAAAUGCCUCCAGAUCUGAGACCCCAAUCAGAUGAUUGGAUCUUAGGCGGCGGCGCACUAAUGCACUAG